AUGCUCGAUCACUUCUCCUGGCUCCACGUUCCAGCCCUUCUGUCGGCCACACCAAUGUUCUUCGGCGGGCUGUUCCACGGCCUCCUACGACCCCAAGCCGCCCUCCUCACCUGGGGCAUGACUGACCAGAUUGCGCGAUCCCGCGAGGCUCAAAUUGUCUAUUAUGGCCACACGAUGCGAACGAGCACAUUGGGGCUGCUCGUCUUCGCACUUUACCUGCAGGGCAAUCUAGCCGGGGUCGACACCACGAUGGCUGUGAUGGGAGGAUAUUGCGGUAUUGCGGAUGUGCUGACCAUCUGGUACCAUGGCAAUAGGAGCGUGGCCCCAUUUCGUCUCUUGAGCGUCCUCUGUAUUGCUGCUUGGGGUCUGGCUGGCAUGACAGCGAGCUCUGCUCCGUAG